AUGCUUCGUCGGUUUGUCGCUUCAAAAGGUCCGGUUCGUAUAUGGCGAACGCUCUGUGAGUCGGCACCAUCUGCAAUUCCAGUAUCAUCACGUGAAUUUGAUCACAUCCUUACAUCUAGUGAGGACAAAGUCGGAGUCGUCGAGAUCCAUCGCCCCAAACAUUUCAACCUGCUCAAUCAAGGCGCCUGGUCUGAAAUCACAGAGGCUGUUGAAGGAUUUGACGAAGAUUCUUCUGUAAAAGUGAUCAUCUUGACAGGAAGCAAGCGUGUGUUCUGCGCAGGAAACGAUAUUGAGGAGAUGGCGUCAAGAAGUUACUAUUCGUCGCGAUAUAAGUAUGACGAGGGCCACUGCGUUGACAGAAUCGCUGCGACAAAGAAACCUUUGAUUGCAGCCGUUUCUGGUUUUGCUUUAGGUGGUGGGUGUGAGCUCGCUAUGGCCGCGGAUAUCGUUAUUGCUGCAGAAGACGCGACGUUUGGGCAACCAGAAGUACAGAUUGGGACUAUCCCGAGUUCUGGCGGGACGCAAAGGCUCGUACGAGCAGUGGGGAAAGCGAAAGCGAUGGAGAUGAUCUUGACGGGUCGUCAAAUGAGUGCGGAAGAAGCAGAGGGUUCAGGGUUAGUAUCGCGAGUAGCCCGGAAAGGCGAAGCUUUGAAAGAGGCUAAAAGUGUGGCGGCUGUCAUCGCUGGACAUUCAAGACCUAUUCUUCAAGCGGCGAAGGAGUGUGUGAAUAUCGCGUUUGACUCAACCCUCUCGCAGGGUUUGAUUUUUGAGCGACGUGCAUUUCAAUCGACGUACGCUCUGGAUGAUCAAAAGGAAGGCAUGAAGGCCUUCAUUGAUAAGCGUAAGCCGAGCUACAACAAUAGAUGA